CGGCGCGAUGCCCGCCCCCCGGGGCCCCGGCGGCCCGCGCCCCUGCUAGGCGGCGGCGGCAUGGCUCGCGCGCCCGGCCCGACCUCUGCGGAUUGUCUCGGUGUGCGGCGGCGGGGCAUGCCCAGGGCACCGGGCACGGCCUUCAAUGGGCGAGGACACGGACACGCGGAAAAUUAACCACAGCUUCCUGCGGGACCACAGCUAUGUGACUGAAGCCGAUGUCAUCUCCACUGUCGAGUUCAACCACACGGGAGAGCUGCUGGCCACAGGCGACAAGGGUGGCCGGGUUGUCAUCUUCCAGCGGGAGCCAGAGAGUAAAAAUGCGCCUCACAGCCAGGGCGAGUACGACGUCUACAGCACCUUCCAGAGCCACGAGCCGGAGUUCGACUAUCUCAAGAGCCUGGAGAUAGAGGAGAAAAUCAACAAGAUCAAAUGGCUCCCUCAGCAGAACGCCGCCCACUCCCUGCUGUCCACCAACGACAAAACCAUCAAAUUAUGGAAGAUUACCGAGCGAGAUAAGAGGCCCGAGGGCUAUAACCUGAAAGACGAGGAAGGGAAACUCAAGGACCUGUCCACCGUGACGUCACUGCAGGUGCCCGUGCUGAAGCCCAUGGACCUGAUGGUGGAGGUGAGCCCACGGAGGGUCUUUGCCAAUGGCCACACCUACCACAUCAACUCCAUCUCCGUCAACAGCGACUGCGAGACGUACAUGUCGGCCGACGACCUGCGCAUCAACCUCUGGCACCUGGCCAUCACCGACCGGAGCUUCAACAUCGUGGACAUCAAGCCGGCCAACAUGGAGGACCUGACGGAGGUGAUCACGGCGUCCGAGUUCCACCCGCACCACUGCAACCUCUUCGUCUACAGCAGCAGCAAGGGCUCCCUGCGCCUCUGCGACAUGCGGGCGGCCGCCCUGUGCGACAAGCACUCCAAGCUCUUCGAGGAACCCGAGGACCCCAGCAACCGCUCCUUCUUCUCAGAAAUCAUCUCCUCCGUGUCCGACGUGAAGUUCAGCCACAGCGGCCGGUACAUGCUCACCCGGGACUAUCUCACGGUCAAGGUCUGGGACCUGAACAUGGAGGCGAGGCCCAUCGAGACCUACCAGGUCCACGAUUACCUUCGGAGCAAGCUCUGUUCCCUGUAUGAGAACGACUGCAUUUUCGACAAGUUUGAAUGCGCCUGGAACGGGAGUGACAGCGUCAUCAUGACCGGGGCCUACAACAACUUCUUCCGCAUGUUCGACCGCAACACCAAGCGGGACGUGACCCUGGAGGCCUCGCGGGAGAGCAGCAAGCCCCGGGCCGUGCUCAAGCCGCGGCGCGUGUGCGUGGGCGGCAAGCGGCGGCGGGACGACAUCAGCGUGGACAGCCUGGACUUCACCCGGAAGAUCCUGCACACGGCGUGGCACCCGGCCGAGAACAUCAUCGCCGUCGCGGCCGCCAACAACCUGUACAUCUUCCAGGACAAGGUGAACUCCGAGACGCACUAGGGUUCUGAGUGGAGGGGGUGCCCUCUUCCCGUGCGUGUGCCUGCUACGCCCACCGACUCCCCCAGCCUCUGCUGCGGGCCCGAGGCCUCAGGACACCCACGUGAUCCCUGUGCACCCAGCGCUUGUGCAGCCCCGGGCACCUCGUGGGGAUUCCCUGCCCCGCCCAGGACCUUCUGGAAUCUUCAUCGUGACCCUCUACGCACCCCUACUGCUCACCGUGUGCCAGGCUCCGUGCCAGGUGCCAGGGAGGGGAAGGUGAACAGUUCAUCACCCCCAUGGCUCACCCGAGGAAACAGGCCCCAGAAGGACCCCCAGUUUGCCCACGGCGUGCACCCGCGGGGCAGGGGGGUGCGUCAGUCCUGUCCGGGCCUUCCGUGGGCACCGACCUACCACGCUGGUGGCUCACGCUGAAACCACAGCCUGGCCUGGAAGCUUCUCAGCACCUGUGAGCGGGACAGCAGGUGGGACGACGGGUCCCGGAGCCGAGGUGCAGGGUGGAGAAUGGAGAAGCCCCGGGGGCUCCCCGCUGUUUGCUGGCUUCAGGAGCUCGCCCUCCACCUGCUCCUCCCAACCCCCAUGCGGCCCCCUCUCUCCUCUGCAGACGCACUGACCCGCCUCCCGGAGAAAAUUGCAUGUUAGGACGAUUUUAGGCACCUUUUCUGUAGGGACCCCACCGUCUCGGGACUCUCCUGGGGCCACAGCAUCAAAACCAGCUCCGCCCGCCCCACCCACCACCCACCCUGGUCUUUGCCGGGAAGGGCAGCGGGACCCGGCUGUGCUCUUUGAUUCAGAAAACAGCCUGCACAGGCCCCACCAAUCCCAGCCUUUUCUGUUUUAAAAAGAUGUAACCUGACGCAGGAAAUAGACCCACCCGGGAUUCUGCUCCGUGGGUGACGGUGUACCCACCUGUGUGUGUCAAAGCACAAACGCAUGGCACUCGCCUCCGGCCGUUCACACCAGGGAAGGGUCCGUGCAUUCCUUUUUCUAAUCAAAUGAAUGAAGAGCGUUUGUGUCUCACGGCAAGACCAGGCCGCCUGGCCACCGUGACCUGUACAUACCCCUCCAAUUAAGAUGAACAGUCACGGAUCGGAUCCCGCCCACCCCCUUUGGAAAGAGGUUCGGGAAUGGGGUCAGUUGUCUGGAAACCUGUGGGAGCCAGAAUCCAGCUCUGAGGGCCUGACCCGGCCCUUGGGAUGUUCGCAUGGUUCCCUCUGAGGUUGCGCCCCGGAGAGGAAGCCCGCCCUGGCAGCUGGGGGCUGUCCGACCCCGGAUCUCACAUGCUCCGUCUGCCAGGUUCAGAUCCCACGCAGGACCCAGAGGGAGGUCUGUGCACGGCUCCUGGCUCCUCGCGUCUGUUUUAAACGUUGGCUGAGACCAAAUCAAAAAGGGAAAGAAAGAAAACGAUCUUCCCGAAGAAAAGCCCGUCUUGGGAUCCCUGGGAAAUAAUGUCCAGAGAAGACUGAGUAACCAAGUGCGUGUUGAGAAAAGGGGCGGAGGGCGGAGGGCAAAGCCGGAACCGGCGGGAGGACCGGAAACAGUCACAGGCGUUGCUUCCCGGCGGUUGGUUUUUCUGCUCUUCGUGCCUGUGGGGCUCGCAUGGUCCUUGCGAGGUGGUGGCUGUCUGUCUUGUCAGCUCUCCGGGGCGGCAGGGCAGCCUGGGGCCAUGCGGGGGCGUGGACAGACUGACCAUGUUGGACCCCGUAACUCAUGGGUGCAUUGUUUUCUUUGGUGUCUCACAAAUUAUCCAGCUGUUGAAUAAAAUUAUAAAUAUGUGAAUACCAGCCUUUUCCAAUAAAAUAACAAAUGUUACAU